AUGUUCGGCGCCAUUGUCGCAGGCCGUCUGGUGCAAACAAACUUACAGCAAAUAGAUGAGACCCACUUUGUCUUCCCCCUCGAGCAGCCGUAUGAGAUCAACCACUUGACCGUCUUCCUUCUUGGCACGGUCCCCUUCCCCGAAGGCUACGCCGCGACAGUGCACUUUGCCUGGCCUGGCGGCGAGUACUUUCCCCUUGGAACUCUGACCAACGCCCGCCCGUCCUCCAUCUACAAGGUCCGCCCGCACCUGCCCGCCGGCAUCUCUCCAGCCACGGCCACUGCUGCGGGCCCCGCCCAGCUGGGUAUUGAGAUCGCUGCCGCCGACGUGGUCGAAAACAUCGGCAACUCGCUCAAGACCGCCUCGGCCGCCGGCAAGAACCAGGAGGUCGCGCAGAGGGUGGACAUUGGCAAGGUCGCCGAGAAGAUUGUCAAGAAUCUGUUCAACUACCUCCACAGCUUUGGUGGCGAGGUCAAGCUCACACCCGAGACUCCCAUCCCACUCAGCGUCUUCCAGCGCUGGUACGACAACUUUACGCGCAAGAUUGAGCGCGACCGCGGCGCGUCGUUCCUCGACCGCGAGGACUAG